AUGUCCGCGCGCGCCACCGCGCGCGGUGUGACUCAAGGGUUCGAUCGGGGGUUUUAUAUCAAGUUGGCGAGCGUCUCCUUCGUCGUCGGCGCCGCGUUCGAGGGAUUCAUGCUCGCGACUGAUUUCUAUCCAAAAAUCCUACACAUCGAAGCCGAGCGACGAUUUAACGCCGAAGAGCGGGAAAAGGCGAUCGCGCGCGCGUCUUUGAACGAGAGGUCGUCUUCGUGA